AUGGCUUCAAGUGGGCAAUACAAUAAUACCAUAUUGCAGAAUUUGCAAAAAUUAAAAGGAUUAGAGCAUUUUAAUUGGAGAGAGUUGAAACAACGAGUGACUGAAUAUGGUAUUUCACAAACGUCAGAAAGAGUUACUGCUAAAUCGAGCAUGCUGUCUGGAGAUCAAUGCAACACAAUUUUAAGUAAUGUUGAAGUGAUAGUGAAUGACAUCGAACAGCACACUAAGGAGAAAUAUUUGAAUAUUUUGAAAUUAUUAAGGAAUAUUAUAAUUAUCGUUGAGGCUAAACAAGAUGAUCCCAAUACCAAACAAAAACUUACACCAGGCAGAAUCUUUAAAUUGGACAAGAUGAUCAUGGAGUUUUUAUGUGCUUGUUAUCGAAUAUGGAGCAAAGGUAUCAAAGCUCAUUAUUUUCAUUUUCUUACACAUCUUCCAUCUAUGAUGACAGAAUUGCUUGACAAUGAUUUGUCCUUAUCUAUUUUAAGUAAUCAAGGGUUCGAACGUUCUCAUUUGUUUCACCAUGCCGUGUUUAAUAGAGUGAUUAAUAACGGUGGUGGUCUUCACAAAAUUCAUGUAACAAAACAAUUGCUGUUAUGGCAAUGGCGAAAAGUCCUGACUGCGAUUGACAUAGGAGAGAAAUAUGGAAGUACGUAUUGGAAUGAAAAACGGCUCAAACAAAUUUAUUCAUGGAAUUCAAUUCACCUCAAAGAAGCACCUCAAGAAUUACACGAUUUGUAUUACGAUUUGGAUGAGUCGAAUGUGGAUCUUGCUACUUUGCAGCAAACUAUUUCUACAAGCUUUCAAGAACAAGAGCAACAAUCACAAAACACAGAAAAACAAUCAGAGGAAACGACAACCAAGCGAAAACAAGCAAAGAAUACACGACAAAGCGAUCAGGCGACCAGUUUUAGUGGAACAAUGAGUACACAAGUUUCUCAAAAGAAACGAAAAUUUUAA